GUAAAUGAUAAAUCACGUUUGGGGCUUCUCUCCUGUGUCCCUUUUGUUUUCUGUGAUUGAAGCUCUAGUCAAUUUGCAGAACCAAGUUAGCUCUCUCAGCUUCCAAGUUCUGAGUCAUCACUGGAACCGGUUUCCUUGGAGGUUUGAUGAGAUGAUGAUGAGGCGGAGACCCAAUAAGGCUACUAUACUGGCUGAAGAUCAAACUAGAAACUCUUGUUGUACAAAAGGAGAAGCCCAUCAUACCUCAACCUUUGAUUUGUUUUCUUCAUCAAAGAGAGUUUUGGCGAUUUGCUUGGCUUUCCGUCUGGCGAAUUCGUUGCUGGUACAGACCUAUUUCAACCCAGAUGAGCACUGGCAAGCUUUAGAAGUUUCUCAUCGCUUAGUCUUCGGAUAUGGCCAUUUAACAUGGGAAUGGAAGAAGGGUAUUCGUAGUUAUCUGCAUACAAUGGUUUUUGUGCUUCUUUAUAAAGUUCUUGCCUUCUUUCAUCUUGACACUCCCUGGUUCAUGAUGAAGGCUCCACGUAUGCUGCAGUCCUUAUUUUCCUCAAUUGGUGACUUCUACUUGUACAAGCUUUCCCGUAUUAUUUUUGGUGAUCGUGUUGCACAGUGGACUCUCUUUUCUCAGUUCGCAAACUGGUUUAUGUUUUUCUGUUUCACUCGAACCUUAUCGAAUAGCUUGGAGGCAGUCCUUACGAUCAUGAGCCUAUACUAUUGGCCUUGUUUCAAGGGUUCUGACCAAGCUUCUGUUGCUUCAAGAAAGUAUGCUUUGGCCAUAGCAGCACUAGCCUGUGCUCUUCGACCAACAAGUGCUAUCAUAUGGUUGUAUGUUGGCCUUUUGGAGCUGGUUGAAACACACAAUAGACUGACAUUCAUAUUUCUGGAGGUAGCCCCUAUAGGGUUCUUGGUGCUAGCCCUCACAUGUUUAUUGGAUCGGUUGAUGUAUGGGUCGUGGGUCUUGGUUCCUCUUAAUUUUUUAAAGUUCAACUUUCUCUGUUCGGGUGGGGACUAUUAUGGGACGCACAAGUGGCACUGGUACUUCACCCAGGGCUUUCCUGUCAUGCUCUUCACUUUUGUGCCGUUUACUGUAGCUGGCUUCUUUCAAUCUAAAGAAUGGAAACUUUCUGGUCUGAUUGCAUGGGUUUUGGGGCUUUACAGUGUGCUUGGUCAUAAAGAGUUCAGGUUUGUCCUUCCUGUGCUUCCACUAGCUUUGAUGUUUUCUGGAUAUUCAUUAGCUGCAUUGGAAACUCCUCAUUCUUCAAAUGGUAAAAAGAAAAGACCAUUGAAUUUCCAUGUUAGAUGUCCUUCGAGAAUGCAGAUGGCUGUAUUUUUUCUUCUUGCAACUAAUCUCCCGAUGGCAUUAUAUAUGAGUUUAGUUCAUCAGAGAGGAAGUGAAGAUGUUAUGAACUUUUUAUCCAAAGAGGCUUUUGAUGAGAAAGUUAAGAGUAUCCUUUUCUUAAUGCCCUGUCAUGCUACACCUUACUACUCUAGCCUACAUCACAAUCUUCCCAUGCGUUUCUUGGACUGCUCUCCAGGUGCAGAGAAGGGAGUUUUAGAUGAGUCAGACCGGUUCAUGAUGGAUCCAGUUCAGUUUGUAACUGACAUGGCAAAGAAUUGGUCUUUACCUAGUCACAUAGUAUUAUUUGAUUCACAAGAAAGAAAAUUGAGAGAGUUUCUAAUUUCACAUUCUUUUAGAGAGUUAAGGAGAUUUUUUCAUGCACACUUCAAGGUGGACCGGGAUCUUCAAUCAUCAGUUGUUGUAUAUGCUUUGGCAGGAUGAUGACACUGCUGUGGUGUUAUUAGGAGCUAAGUUCUCAUGAUCUGACUUGUUAAAUUUCAACUUGAGGGAUCUCAAAUUUUACUGUUCCUUUUUUUUCCCCCUUGGUAUGCCAUAGUUUUGACUUUAACCCCUAAUGAAUCUGCAAGAUACUUAUCCUUGUAAUGCAACUCUGACAGGAAUUGUUAUUUGUGUAGCUGUUGUAUCUUGAAAUAGAUGCAUCUCAGUGUAUGGUUUUACUA